CUUAAAUCCAGAGAAUGCUCUUUUGUCUUCUUUCUACAACGCAAGCCCUUCGACAGAAUCAAACUCCUUCACAAGAUACAACCACCCACUUUGGCCUUCUUCCAUCUCUCUCUCUCUCUCUCUGGGAAAUCCAAAGCCAGGAGGACACCUUUGUCGCAUGGCUUCAAGUGCCGGAUUACCCGAUGAGUGUCAUUAUUCCGAUGAGAAUCAACAACCCUGGUUACAGGGAAAUGACGCUGUUUACUUGACAUGGAUGGACCUUUGCGUGAAUGUUUCCAAUGGGAAAGAUGGCACCAAAUCCAUUCUCCAAGGACUCACUGGCUAUGCCAGCCCUGCUCAGCUCCUGGCCGUUAUGGGUCCUUCGGGUUGUGGCAAAUCCACCCUUCUUGAUGCACUUGCCGGUAGGUUAUCAGGUUCUAACAUGAGACAAACUGGAGAGGUUCUAAUUAAUGGCCGUAGCCAGGAGCUCGCAUAUGGAACCUCGGCGUACGUGAUGCAAGAGGAUAUCCUACCAUGGACGUUGACCAUUAGAGAAGCUGUGUACUACUCAGCUCAGCUCCAGUUGCCUAAUUCCAUGUCGAAAGCUGAGAAAAAAGAUAGAGCAGAGAGGACAAUAAGGGAGAUGGGAUUGCAAGAUUCUAUAAACACAAGAAUAGGUGGUUGGGGAAGCAAAGGCCUCAGUGGCGGCCAGAAGAGGAGAGUAAGCAUUUGCAUAGAAAUUUUGACGCACCCAAAGCUUCUCUUCCUUGAUGAGCCAACAAGCGGCCUUGACAGCGCUGCUUCAUACUAUGUUAUGAGCAGAAUUGUGAAACUGGCUCAACAAGAUGGAAUGACAGUAUUAGCAUCCAUCCAUCAGCCUAGCAAUGAAGUCUUUGAUCUGUUUGACAGCCUCUGCCUUCUUUCUUUGGGUCGAACAGUAUUCUUUGGCUCUCCUUUUGAAGCAAGCCAGUUUUUUGCAAUGAAUGGCUUUCCAUGCCCUACUCUCCAAAAUCCAGCUGAUCACUACUUGAGAACAAUCAACACAGAUUUCAAUGAGGACAUUGAACAAGGUAUUGGUGCAAAAAAGACCACUGAGGAAGUAAUUAAUAUCCUCGUAGAGUGUUACACCUCAUCCAACAUCUGUAAAGAAAUUUGUCGACAAGUAGCCAAGACAUGUAGACGGGUUGGAGCAGCAGGGCUAGAGAAGAAGGGAAGCCAAGCCAGCUUCUUUACCCAGUGCUUCACUCUCACUGAGAGGUCUUUCGUUAAUAUGUAUCGUGACCCAGGGUACUAUUGGUUGCGCCUCGCAAUAUAUAUUGCAUUGGGCUUAGGUUUAGGCAGUGUUUUCUAUGACCUUGGCCCUGCUUAUGGUGCAAUUAAUGCAAGAGGUUCAAUGCUCAUGUUCGUGGCAUCAUUGUUGACCAUCAUGGCCAUAGGUGGUUUCCCUUCAUUUGUAGAGGACAUGAAGGUCUUUGGACGCGAAAUACUGAACGGCCAUUAUGGGGCUGGAGCAUUCAUUGUUGGGAACACACUUUCUUCAGUCCCAUAUUUGCUCCUCAUCUCUUUAAUUCCCGGGGCCAUCGCUUACUAUCUUGUGGGUCUUCACGGAGGGAAGGAACGAUUUAUGUACUUUGCUUUGGUUCUUUUUGCUUGCAUGGCACUAGUAGAGAGUCUCAUGAUGAUUGUUGCAAGCAUGGUUCCAAACUUCCUCAUGGGCCUGAUCACUGGAGCUGGAAUUCAAGGCCUAAUGAUGCUAAGUGGAGGAUUCUUCAGGCUGCCAAAUGAUCUCCCCAAGGUGUUCUGGAAAUACCCAUUGUACUACAUUGCCUUCCACAAGUACGCAUAUCAAGGACUAUACAAGAAUGAGUUUGAAGGGCUCAGUUUCGUGAACAAUCGGAUGGAAGGAUCCCCAACCAUCAAUGGCUAUGAAAUUUUGAGGGAUAUGUUACAGGUGGAGAUGGGUUAUUCUAAAUGGGUUGAUCUUGGCGUCUUGUUUGGAAUGGUGGUGUUAUACAGACUCUUGUUCUUCUUCAUCAUCAAGGCCACUGAAAAGGCAAAGCCUGCAAUUAGAGAUCUGGUGUUUGUUUCUUGUAAGCACAAACAAAAGAUCACGGUGAAUCCUUAUUCUGUAUCCCUCUAUGAAGCAAAAACAAAUGCAGCUUCCAAAGUUUGAUUCUACUGCAGCUUGAAAAGAUUAUGGUGAUCACAUUAAUCGUUUAAAGCUUGCCAACAAGUUCAUGUUGUUGACAUCAUUAAAGAUUUUUUUUUUUCUACUUUUGUUUUACCAAAUCUCAUACCAAUUAUCAUUUUAAUAAUUUGUAAGUUAACUCCCACCAAGUGACCAGAGAAAUGAUUUGUGUGUGAGU